UCCGCCCCUCGAACCUGGGUGACUGGAGAGGAAACCAUUAGAGCGAGUGUCCCCAACACCAGGUGGCGGCGGCGAGGGUCUAGAAGAAAGAAAUCGGGCGGCGGGGAGAGAAUUUUUUUUCUGGAGGCAGGGCAAGGGGCUGCCUGCCCUGCCUCUCUCCCCCUGAUUUCGCUGAGAAGGGAGCUGCCCGGCCUGUCCCAGCCGGGUGGAGAGCCUCGGAGCAGGGGAUGGAGGCCACGAGCAGCUGGGCGCUGCUGCUGGUGUUGCUGCUGCUGCUGCUGCUGCUGCCGCUGGCGCUGCUCCGGACGCGGACCCGGAGCCUCCUGCCCCCUGGGCCCACGCCGCUGCCGCUGCUGGGGAACCUGCUGCAGCUCUGGCCCGGGGAGCUGUACUCGGGGCUCUUGCGGCUGAGUAAGAAGUAUGGACCGGUGUUCACCGUGCACCUGGGACCCAGGCGGCGUGUGGUGGUCCUGGUUGGGCACCAGGCUGUGCAGGAAGCCCUGGGAGGUCAGGCUGAGGAGUUCAGUGGGCGGGGGAUGUUGGCGACGCUGGACCGGACCUUCGACGGCCAUGGGGUUUUCUUUUCCAAUGGGGAGAGGUGGAGGCAGCUGAGGAAAUUCACCACACUUGCUCUGCGGGACCUGGGCAUGGGGAGGCGGCAAGGCGAGGAGCUGAUCCAGGCGGAGGCCCAGUGUCUGGUGGAGGCGUUCCAGAGGACAGCAGGACAGCCAUUUGACCCCUCCCUGCUGCUGGCCCAGGCCACCUCCAAUGUCGUGUGCUCCCUCACCUUGGGCCUUCGUUUCCCCUAUGAGGAUGAGGAGUUCAAGGCUGUGGUCCAGGCAGCUGGUGGCAUCCUUCUGGGGAUCAGCUCUCCAUGGGGCCAGGCCUACGAGAUGUUCUCCUGGCUCCUGCAGCCCCUUCCAGGCCCCCACACCCAGCUCCUCCGCCAUGUGGACACCUUGGCCACCUUCGCCAUCGAGCAGGUGCAGCGGCACCGGGGGAGUCUGGACCCCUCAGGCCCUGCAGGCGAUGUUGUGGAUGCCUUUCUGCUGAAGAUGGCAAAGGAGGAACAAGACCCAAACACGGAAUUCACUGACAAGAACCUGCUGAUGACUGUCAUUUAUCUGCUGUUCGCCGGGACAGUGACGGUCAGCGCCACGAUCCGCUACACCCUCUUGCUCCUGCUGAAAUACCCUCAGGUCCAAGAGCGCGUGCGGGAGGAGCUGACAAGAGAGCUAAGGGCUGGCCAGGCACCAGGCCUGGGGGACCGAGCCCGCCUCCCCUACACGGACGCGGUUCUGCAUGAGGCGCAGCGGCUGCUGGCACUGGUGCCCAUGGGGAUACCCCGCGCUCUCACGAAGACCACCUGCUUCCGAGGGUACACCCUGCCCCAGGGCACUGAGGUCUUCCCCCUCCUGGGCUCUGUCCUGCAUGACCCGAACAUCUUUGAGCAGCCUGAGGAGUUUAACCCAGGCCGAUUUUUGGAUGCAGACGGAAGGUUCAAGAAGCAAGAGGCAUUCCUGCCCUUCUCCUUAGGCCGUCUCCCUGGAGAGCCCUUGCCCGCCCAGCGCCCUGAGCCUCCAGCCAUCUGUCAGUGGCCUUUUCAACAUCCCCCCACACUUUCAGCUGCAACUUCGGCCCUACUGACCUCCACCCCUUCAUUUGGUACAGACCAAAUGAAGGAGGGGCAUUGGGAGGUAGUGGCCUUGACCAUGGGCACGGACAGGGCUGUGUCUGCAUCCACAAGUUGACACCACAGGAAACCACAUUCACACACCUGUAGUUGUUUUCUAGGGUCAUUCACACAGAUGUUCAGCCUGCUUGUCCACAGGGCCACAUUCACUGGCCACACAGCUGUUGAGGCACACAACCACACACCCAUACACGGCCACGAGGCAACUCAGCCACACGAGCUCGCUACAGUCUAGUCUGUCUGGAAUCACCUGCCCAGAUAACCCAGCACUUGUGCACAACAUAACUGCCCUGGACUCACGACCCAUCUGUGGGAGUUCGGCUGCCACUGCAACAGCCACCAAAUCAUGGGCCACACACCCUCUUCACUCUCGGACUUACCAGUGCCAUUGUCUCUGGGAGCCUGGUGCAAAGAGCACACACCUGCCUGGGUCAUGUCACCUCACAGAGAGACUGUCCUCAGCCCUCGAGGGACCACACCACUGUCCAGGCACAUGGCCACCACCAGCCACAUGCCCCUAAGCACUGGACAACACAGCCAGCUCACAUGUGACCUCAUCCUGACUCCUGAAUAUCUUCCUACUCAGAGUCCGAGCCCAGCCUCCUCCGCACCUCAGUGUUCAAGGACACCCCUCUCCGAGCACCCUGAUCCCCAAAUUCUCCCAAAUAUGGAUGCACCCAUAUUGUGCAGUUGUAAACACAGGCCUGGGAACCAAGUAAAACUAGAACACACAAGGAUCCUCAGACCAGAGGAACCCCCACCAUCCACGCUGCAGCCUACACAACCACAUCGAAAGCCUCCUCUACCCCCACGACACACACAGUGACUGGCUGUCUCAAGCUGACUUAGAGGAAAGGGCUAGACGACCAAGUAAGGGCCAGAUUCCAACUCCCUGUGUCAGGGGAAGAGGCCAGGUCCUUCCGCGUUGUGGCUCGAAGGUCCCUGUUUUGCAAUAAAAGUUUGUUCCUGGCCCCUGGUCCAGGCCCGUGGAAGUGCCUGAUGUGUGUGUGUGUGACAGUGUCUG